CUCACUCUAGCCUGGGCAACAAAGUGAUAUGUGUCAAUUACAUGUCAAGUAAAACACUAACUUAGAAAUUCAUUUUCUUCCUAUUUUCUCAUCUCAUUUUCUAAUAGUAGUGGUCCCAGAAGAGGGCAAAAACAAGGGAAGUUGUUUGUUCUCCAACAGAACAGCCUUUUCGACGAUUUCCUAAGGCAACAUGUUGGCAGGUCAGUUGAUCAGAUCAUGAUGAAAACACUUCACAGGAAGGCCAGGACAAAAGGGUCAGCCUGUUCAGUAUGCAACUGACACAGCAAUGGUCAAAACAAGACCCAUGGAAAGGGUGUCCAAAGGGGGGCAUCAAUUUAGCUGCUUCUGCCCUUCCCCAAUGUUAACACUGGGUUAAAUAAGUGUUUUCUAGCAAAGAAGACAAAUGAACAUCAAAUGCCCAAGCAGGAGCCCCAAAUAGAGGAGGAGGAGGAGAAUAGGAAGGAGUUAGACAAGAGGCCCAAGUCCAUGGCCUUGAAUAGUCUCUACUGUAAUUCGGCCAUCCUGCAAGGGCAACUUCACUCCCAGAGCAUCGGAUCAGACUAGCCUGCAGCUCUAAGGAGGGGGUCCUCUGAGGUAGGUGUAAACAUCCCCUGGCAUAGAUUUAAGAAGGGCACACAGAGAAGACACAGCCAGAUAAAGUAAUUCUUCAGUACUUCGUUCUCUUCUUUUGAACAAUGGACCCAUCACUGUCACCUGCAACCUGGCACGAGGGCUACAGGUGAGAGACUAGCUGAGAAGUUUAAAAUGAAAGAUGGAGGUUUCUCAUUCCCCAGUAUCUUUGUUCUUCAAACUCAUGGACCAACACGAAGCCUUCUCAUCUCCAAUUAACUUUGUGUACCAAUCCCACAGACCAACAGAGACUUCCCAUCCUCCCGGAAAUCUCUGUCCACCAAACUCAUCACUUCCACUGCUCAGGCAGGGGUCUGCCUCACCCCAGCCCAUCUUUUAUUUAUUUAUUUAUUUAUUGCCUUUUUUUUUUUUUUACUUUGAUUUUAGGGUAUAGCCCAUCUUUUAAAGAUGAGGGGGUGGGCUGGUCUCCUCUAUAUGGCUGAUGAAAUCUCUUAGCCUGGGCUUAAAAGCACCCUGCUCAAACCCAACACUGCUUAACACCAGAUAUUUCUGUACAUUGCUAAAAUGCCUCUACUUCCUAAUUCUGGUCCAUCUAGACACCAUCUAGGGAGGAGGAAACUCCCCCUUCCCUUUAGGUCUGACCCACGCAGGAAAUGAGAGCCUUUAUUCACACUCAAGCGUCUGGAAUGACAGUGCUCUCUAUGGACGCACAGAUGGCUCUGACCCUGUGUCCAGCCCCCUGCAGCCGGUCCACCCUAGCGGGCCCCAGCUUCUGGGUCUGUGACCCUGUGCCCAUCCCUACAGGCCUUUCCCGACACCUCUUUUCAAAACUGCCCCUGCCCCCUGCACCACUCUUGCUGCAAACAUUUCAGUAAGCGGACAGUCAUAAACGAAACGGCCCAACCCAGUUGCAAAACAUAAUCUACAAACGGAAAGAGUGUUUACGAUGAAAAUUUUUAGAACAAGAAAAAAAUGGGAAGGAAGAAAAGGAGAGAGUGGAGAACCAGAGAGCAGGCCGGGCGAUGCCUGUCCCGGUAGAAAGCCGCUGUGCCGCGCGGGCCACACUCAAACCCCAGCGGCUCAUCCCGCCUGACUCCACAGGUGCCCCCGUCGCCAGACCGGCUCCCCCUAAGGAGCGCCAGCCCCUGGAGCAGGCCUUUCCCCGCUCAGCACCCGCCCGCCCUCGGGACUCGGGAGCGCAGGGGGCCAGGCGGGCCGGCCCAGGGUCCCGGUUCUGUUUCCUUCCCGCCGUGGAGCGCGCGACCCGGCGACCUCCUCCCUGGGGGACGCUGCGCGCGGCGCCGAGCAGCGCGGGGGCCGGAGGGGAAGUCGAGGCCGCGGCCGGCCCGCAGGUCGGGUCUCGCCGCCCCAGCGCCGCCGCCCCGGCGACUCUUCACCCCGGCCCGGGUUCGAAGCGGCAGGGCCAGAGAAGAGGAAGGAAGACGAAAAGGAACUUUUGCCCACGGUUUCUAAGAAGCUCAUAUUGAAAAAUUACCCAAGAUAUACUGCUGUACAAGCAAUAACCGUCCUACCCAAAAACAUUUCCUGUAAGUGCAUAUCUGCUUUGCCAACUUGAGUUUUUCUCACUAUCUGAUAAUAUCUAAUAAUGGAGUUAUAAUAUAUUCACACUGGAGAUCUGACAUAUUGAGGCCUUUUGGUCCCCCAGUUUCCACAAAAUAUGGUACAACGUGGUACUGUGGUCAGCAAGAUGAUUUUAAGGGACAUUUAGACAUUUAUCCUUUGAAUGGUUAUAUAGUUAUUCUAAUAUGUAUUAGAAUGAUUGUAUGAUUAUAUUCUAACAUGUAUUAGAAAAAAUAUCAGGAGCACAUCAGUCACAGUGCUCAGUGGGCCAACUUGUUAGCAGGUGAGAAUCAUGGACACAGAUCAAUGAUCCUAAGACUUGGGGACAUGAAUCUCUCCUGCCUCCCUGUCCUGGUGACUGUAGACCAAUGUCCUCCUGGCAGCAUCACCCCUGAGC